ACACACUGUUGAGCGAAAAUUUGAUUUCGUUUCGUUUGAGCACCAUUUCAUAUGUUAAAUAAACAAAAUGGCAGCUCCCAUACACUUUUAAAUUUUCAGGUUAUGGUGUUUAUAUUUUACAGCUAAUGAUGUCUUCGACCAAUAAGCGUUCGUCUCGAUCAAGAUCUUCUACACGAAGCUGGGACAGCCCGAAGUCCAAUAAACACAAAACACCCCAACAUGACAGUAAAAUUAGUAGUCAUCAUUUUUCUAAGAAAUACCGUACAUCACACGAUGACUCCAAAGAAAAGAGCACUAGUGGUAGAAGUUCUUCAAAGAAAUUAUCAAAGCAUCCCAAAUCACUGCCUGAUCGAAUUCUUAAACGAAAACGGAGUUCCAGCAGAAGCAGUUCCUGUAGUAGUGAUGUAGGUAAUUUUAAAAGAUCGAAGAAAAGCAGCAAAAAAUCGAGCCACCAUGAUUCUUCAGAACAGAAAAAGAAACAUAAAAAACAUAAGAAAGAAAAGAAAAAGAAAAAAAAGAAAAAGAAGAAGCAUAAAAAAUCUUCAGGUGAUGAGAAAGUGUCAACUGGCAAAGAAGAUGCACAGAGCCCUCUGAAGAUAACUGAGAAAGUUACAUCACUGCAACCUGCUUCCAAAGUUAAGGAAUCCCUGUCAAAUGAAGAUACUUUAUCAGCACCAGGCCCUAGCCCACGUAUACUGAAACCUAUGACAAAAGAAGAAUGGGAAAAACAGCAAAGUGUGAUCCGACGUGUCUAUGAUCCUACAACUGGACGGAAUAGGCUUGUAAAGGGAGAUGGAGAAAUCCUUGAAGAAAUUGUUAGUAAAGAAAGACAUCAACAAAUAAAUAAGCAAGCAACAAUUGGUGAUGGCUUGUAUUACCAGUCCAAAAUGGGUUUACAAAAAUGAGGACAUUAACAUUAUUUGCAUAUUAUAUUUAUUCUAUUGAAUAAAAUUACACAGUAUUAAGAUUUA